AUGUUCAGCAAAGAUCACAAACUUAACGAAAAGACGGCCGACACUAUUGACACAGCCUUUGACAACCAGGACUACUUUUGCAUGCCGGAAGACUUGUCCGGGUCGGAUAUCAUGGCAGGCAUAGGCAUGUUGACCCUCCUCGAGGAACCCGACGACAUGACGGAGGACCGUUCAUCAGCCUACAACGAUGACGCCUCCCAAAGGUUGCACGCCGAGGAAUUGAGCAGCGCCCAGACCAAAACCGGAUCGCCAGAGGACGGCUACGACCUGGAAAGCUACCUAUGA